UGACCCUGCCUUGGCCCGGGGAGGCACCUCGGGAGGCUGGCCCUGCGCUCAAGUCCCCUGAUCCCCUCGCGUCCCUAUGGGAGUCCUGGCGUCUGUGCUCUGCUGGCUGCUUUGUGUCUGGCUGCCCUGGGGUGAGCCGGCAGCCGAGUCCCUGCGGGUGCAGCGUCUCGCCGCAGCACCUGCUCCAUGGGGCAGUGCAGAGCCGCAGCCAGAGCCAGCCGGGGAACCCAGCAGCAGCCACCAGAAGGUGACCCUUGCCAUGGGAGACACCGUUACAGUGAUGGGAGGCCAGCAGGCUGAAGCCCCAGACUCUGUGGCCAUGUCUUCCUGGGAAAGGCGGCUCCAUCGGGCCAAGUGUGCACCAUCCUACUUGUUCUCCUGCUUCAAUGGAGGCGAGUGUGUGCACCUGGCCUUCUGUGACUGCAGACGCUUCAAUGCCACUGGACCACGCUGCCAGAUGGUGUACAAUGCCGGCCCUGAGAGGGACAGCAUUUGCCGGGCGUGGGGGCAGCACCACGUGGAGACAUUUGAUGGGCUCUACUACUACCUGUCUGGGAAGGGCAGCUACACGCUGGUGGGGCUCCAUGAGCCUGAGGGACAGAGCUUCUCCAUCCAGGUGCACAAUGAUCCGCAGUGCGGCUCUUCCCCCUACGCCUGCUCCAAGGCUGUCAGCCUCUUCUUUGCGGGUGAGCAGGAGAUCCAUCUGGCCAAGGAAGUCACCCAUGGAGGCGCAAGGGUCCAACUGCCUCAUGUAAUGGGGAGCGUGCGUCUGCAGCGGCUUGCUGGCUACGUCAUCGUGCGGCAUCAGUCAGCCUUCACGCUGGCCUGGGACGGUGCCUCAGCUGUCUACAUCAAGAUGAGUCCAGAGUUCCUGGGCUGGACCCAUGGGCUGUGUGGGAACAACAAUGCUGACCCCCAGGAUGAUCUGGUGACCAGCUAUGGGAAGCUGACUGACGACGUGGUUGAGUUUGUGCACAGCUGGCAGGAGCAGGCCCCUAACCAGCCUCCAGGGCCCACAACCUCCUCCCUGCCUCGCCCACCGUGCCUGCAGCAGAACCCAGGAACCAUGCAGGGCGUGUAUGAGCAGUGUGAGGCUCUACUGCGGCCCCCGUUUGAUGCCUGCCAUGCCUAUGUCAGCCCUCUGCCCUUCACAGCCAGUUGUACCAGUGAUCUCUGCCAAUCAAUGGGCGAUGAAGCCACCUGGUGCCGGGCACUUGCAGAGUAUGCCCGGGCGUGUGCCCAGGCAGGGCGGCCCCUGCAGGGCUGGAGGACCCAGCUCCGGCAAUGCACUGUGCACUGCAAGGAGAAGGCCUUUACCUACAAUGAGUGCAUCGCCUGCUGCCCUGCCUCCUGCCAGCCCCGGGCAUCCUGCGUGGACAGUGAGAUCGCCUGUGUGGAUGGCUGCUAUUGCCCCAAUGGGCUCAUCUUCGAGGAUGGGGGCUGCGUGGCACCAGCUGAGUGUCCCUGUGAGUUUCAUGGGACUCUGUACCCACCUGGCUCUGUGGUGAAGGAAGACUGCAAUGCUUGCACAUGCACCGCAGGCAAGUGGGAGUGCAGCACAGCUGUCUGCCCAGCUGAGUGCUCAGUGACUGGUGACAUUCACUUCACAACCUUUGACGGCCGCCGGUACACGUUCCCCGCCACGUGUCAGUACAUCCUGGCCAAGAGCCGCUCUUCGGGCACCUUCACCGUGACAUUGCAGAACGCCCCAUGUGGCCUGAACCAAGAUGGAGCCUGUGUCCAGUCAGUGUCAGUGAUUCUGCACCAGGACCCUCGGAGGCAGGUGACCCUGACCCAGGCAGGGGAUAUCCUUCUGUUUGACCAGUACAAGAUCAUCCCGCCAUACACAGAUGACGCCUUUGAGAUCCGUAGGCUGUCCUCCGUGUUCCUGCGGGUGAGGACGAAUGUGGGCGUGCGGGUCCUCUACGACCGUGAAGGACUCCGACUGUACCUGCAGGUGGACCAGCGAUGGGUGGAGGACACCGUGGGCCUCUGCGGCACCUUCAAUGGCAACACGCAGGACGACUUCCUGUCUCCAGUGGGUGUACCUGAGAGCACCCCACAACUUUUUGGCAAUUCCUGGAAAACGCUUUCUGCUUGCUCCCCGCUGAUCCCUGGCUCCCCACUGGACCCCUGCGAUGUGCACCUGCAAGCCGCCUCCUACUCAGUGCAGGCCUGCAGCGUGCUCACAGGAGAGCUGUUUGCGCCCUGCUCUGCGUUCCUGAGCCCAGUGCCCUACUUUGAGCAGUGCCGCAGGGACGCCUGCCGCUGCGGACAGCCCUGCCUGUGUGCCACGCUGGCCCACUACGCCCACCUGUGCCGGCGCCACGGGCUCCCCGUUGACUUCCGCGCCCGCCUGCCAGCCUGUGCAUUGUCCUGUGAGGCCACCAAGGAGUAUAGCCCCUGCGUGGCCCUUUGUGGACAAACCUGCCAGGACCUGGCCAGCCCUGAGGCCUGUGGGAUUGAUGGUGGCGAUGACCUGAGCAGGGACGAGUGUGUGGAGGGCUGUGCUUGCCCACCGGACACCUAUCUGGACACCCAGGCUGACCUCUGUGUCCCCCGGAACCAGUGCUCCUGCCACUUCCAGGGAGUGGACUAUUCCCCCGGAGACAGUGACAUCCCAUCCCUGGGCCAUUGCCACUGCAAAGAUGGAGUCAUGAGCUGUGAUAGCAGAGCCCCAGCUGCUGCCUGCCCAGCAGGCCAGGUCUUCGUGAACUGCAGCGACCUGCACACAGACCUGGAGCUGAGCAGGGAGAGGACGUGUGAGCAGCAGCUGCUGAACCUGAGCGUGUCAGCCCGUGGCCCCUGCCUCUCGGGCUGCGCCUGUCCCCAUGGUCUGCUCAGACACGGGGAUGCAUGUUUCCUGCCAGAGGAGUGCCCCUGCACUUGGAAGGGGAAGGAGUAUUUCCCUGGGGACCAGGUGAUGUCUCCUUGCCAUACCUGUGUGUGCCAGCGGGGCUCAUUCCAGUGCACCCUCCACCCUUGCGCCUCCACCUGCACUGCCUAUGGCGACCGGCAUUACCGCACAUUUGAUGGGCUCCCGUUUGACUUCGUGGGGGCAUGCAAAGUGCACCUGGUCAAGAGCAUGUCAGAUGUCAGCUUCUCUGUGAUUGUAGAGAAUGUGAACUGCUACAGCUCCGGCAUGAUCUGCAGGAAAUUUAUUUCCAUCAACGUUGGGAGCUCACUCAUUGUCUUUGAUGAUGACUCCGGAAAUCCUAGUCCAGAGAGCUUCCUGGAUGACAAGCAGGAGGUCCACACAUGGCGAGUGGGAUUUUUCACACUGGUGCAUUUCCCACGGGAACACAUCACCCUCUUGUGGGACCAGAGAACCACAGUGCACAUCCAGGCUGGGCCUCAGUGGCAGGGCCAGCUGGCAGGCCUCUGUGGGAACUUUGACUUAAAAACCAUCAAUGAGAUGAGGACCCCGGAGAACCUAGAGCUAACUAACCCCCAGGAGUUUGGCAGCAGUUGGGUUGCAGUUGAGUGCCCAGACACCCUCGAUCCUCGGGAUACAUGUGUCCUGAAUCCUCUCCGAGAACCAUUUGCCAAGAAGGAGUGCAGCAUCCUGCUCAGUGAGGUGUUUGAGAUCUGCCACCCUGUGGUUGAUGUCACUUGGUUUUACUCAAACUGCCUGACGGACACAUGUGGCUGCAGCCAGGGUGGUGACUGUGAGUGCUUCUGUGCCAGUGUCUCUGCUUAUGCCCACCAGUGUUGCCAGCACGGGGUGGCUGUUGACUGGCGAACCCCCCGCCUCUGCCCGUAUGACUGUGACUUCUUUAACAAAGUGCUAGGUAAGGGCCCCUAUCAGCUGUCCAGCUUGGCAGCCGGUGGUGCCCUGGUGGCCAUGAAGGCGGUGGGCGAAGACAUAGUUCUAGUGAGGACAAAGGAUGUGGCGCCAGGGGACAUUGUGAGCUUCCUGCUGACAGCUGCUCUGUACAAGGCCAAGGCCCACGACCCAGACAUAGUGUCCCUGGAGGCAGCAGACAGACCCAACUUCUUCCUUCACGUCACAGCCAACGGGUCUCUGGAGCUGGCUAAGUGGCAGGGCCGUGAUGCCUUCCAACAGCAUGCCUCCUUCUUGCUGCACCGGGGCACAUGGCAGGCAGGCCUGGUGGCCCUGGAGUCCCUGGCCAAGCCCAGCUCCUUCCUCUGUGCAUCGGGCCCGGUGCUGGCCCUGCGGCUGUACGAACACACAGAGGUGUUCCGCCGGGGCACGCUCUUCCGCCUUCUGGAUGCCAAGCCCUCGGGGCCUGCCUAUCCCGUCUGCGAGUGGCACUAUGAUGCCUGUGCCAGCUCCUGCUUCCAAACCUGCCGGGACCCAUGGGCAGCCAGCUGCCGGGACGUACCCAGGGUAGAAGGCUGUGUCCCUGUGUGUCCUGCCCCCAAGGUCCUGGAUGAAGUCACACAGAGAUGUGUCUACUUGGAGGACUGUGUGGAGCCAGCAGUUUGGGUUCCCACAGAGGCCCUUGGCAAUGAGACCCUCCCUCCCAGUCAAGGGCUGCCCACCCCCAGUGAUGAGGAGCCACAGCUGUCACAGGAAAGCCUCGGGAGCCCCACCCACAGGCCAGCCCUGGCCCCAGCUGCCCCACUCCCCACAGCCCUGAACCCACCAGUGGCAGCCACUGAAGAGCCAGUGGUGUCUCCAGGCCCCACCCAGUCCACCCUGCAGCAGCCACUGGGGCUCACUGCCUCUCAACUCCCUGCCCGCCCCACAGAGGCCCCAGCCAGCAAGGGAGUGACUGCCAGCCUCCUGGCCGUCCCCCACACACCAGAGUCCUCAUCCCUCCCUGUUGCACUGCAGACACCCACACCUGGCACGGUGUCAGGUGCCGUGGAGACAACAAGGGUGACUGUGAUCUUUGCAGGAAGCCCCAACAUCACAGUCUCCUCCCGGUCGCCCCCUGCCCCUCGCUUCCCGCUCAUGACCAAGGCUGUGACAGUCCGAGGCCAUGGCUCCUUGCCUGUCAGGACGACACCCCUACAGCCCUCCUUGACAGCAAGUCCCUCCUCCAGACCUGUGGCUUCCCCUGGAGCCAUCUCCAGGUCCCCCACCUCCUCGGGAUCCCACAAGGCUGUGCUGACACCUGCAGUAACUAAGGUCAUAAGCAGGACAGGGGUCCCCCAGCCUACCCAGGCCCAGAGUGCUUCAAGUCCCAGCACCCCUCUAACUGUGGCUAGAACAGCAGCAGAACAGGUUCCUGUCAGUCCCCUCACAACCAGGAGCGCGGAGAUGGUGCUGCCCACAGAGAAGGGCGAAGCCGGGCACAGCCAGCCCAUGGGCUCGCCUGCCUCCCCACAGCCACACCCACUCUCCACUGCACCACCCCGCACAGCCCAGCAUACCACCACGGCCACCAGGUCUCCAGCUCUGCCCCCAGAGACCCCAACUGCCGCCAGCCUGUCGACAGCUGCUCAUGGGCUGGGAGCCACACCCUUCGUGUCCCUAGAGUCAACUGGUCCAUCCCAGUUCCUCUCUGGCCUGCCUCCCGACACCAGCUUGCCCCUGGCCAAGGUGGGCACAUCUGCCCCAGUGGCCACCCCUGGCCCCAAAGCCUCUGUCAUCACCACUCCACUCCAGUCACAGGCCAUGACUCUGCCUGCUCAGACACUUAGCCCAGCACCGCCUUUCACUCCUGCAGCAAUGACCCAGGCAUACCCACCUGCCCACAUAGCACCCUCGGCAGCGGGCAUAGCUCCAGGCCUGCUGCUGGGAGCCACGUUGCCAACCUCUGGAGUCUUGCCUGUGACUGAGGGCAUGGCCUCCACAGUAUCUGUUGUCUCACGAAAGAGCACCACAGGGAAGGUGGCCAUCCUAUCCCAGCAAGUGUCUCUGCCCACCUCCAUCUAUGGCUCUGCCCAGGGUGGGCCCACAGAGCUCAUGCCUGCCACGAGCCACCCUCUCACCCCCUUGGUGACUGAGCCCGAGGGAGCCCAGGCAGGCACAGCUCUGCCAGUGCCCACAUCCUAUCCCCUGAGCCCCGUCUCAGCCAGGACGGCCCCCCAAGACAGCACGCUGGUUCUGUUGCCUCAGCUGGCUGAGGCCCAUGGAACCUCGGCAGGGGCUUACCUCGCAGCAGAGCCCGUGGACGAGGCCAUCACAGAACCAUCUGGGCGCUCAGCCCCAGCCCUGAGCAUCGUAGAGGGUUUGGCGGAGGCUUUGGCAACCACCACUGAGGCCAAUACAUCCACCACCUGUGUUCCAAUCGCCGAGCAGGACUGCGUCCGCCACAUCUGCCUGGAGGGCCAGCUGAUCCGCGUGAAUCAGUCCCAGCACUGUCCCCAAGGCGCUGCUCCCCCUCGCUGUGGGAUCCUGGGCCUCGCCGUGCGGGUGGGUGGGGACCGCUGCUGCCCACUCUGGGAGUGUGCCUGUGAGUCAAUGGGAUCAGCAGAACCUCCUGCAUCCUCCCUGUAUCCUUACUCCAGCAUGACCGCCACCCCUGAUCUAUGUGCCCCAGACUCCCCUCCUGGCCGGUGUCAAUCUUCCCUGACCUUGAGCUUCGUGACUCGUGAUGGAGCCACGUGCUUUCUGUCAAGGAGCAUCUCAUCUAGCCCCAGAGCCCAGAUGAAAUGGUCACGUCCUGGACACCUGAACUGGCCCCCAUUCUGUCUGGUGAUGUUGAACGUGACUCACUUGGCCCAUCAGGUCACUAUUGAUCGCUUCAACCGAAAGGUGACUGUGGACUUACAGCCUGUGUGGCCACCCGUGAGCAGAUAUGGGUUCAGAAUUGAGGACACAGGCCACAUGUACAUGAUCCUGACUCCCUCACACAUCCAGAUCCAGUGGCUCCACAGCUCAGGACUCAUGAUCAUGGAGGCCAGCAAAGCCAGCAAGGCCCAAGGCCAUGGCCUGUGCGGUAUCUGUGAUGGAGAUGCAGCCAAUGACCUCACCCUGAAGGAUGGCUCGGUGGUGGGUGGGGCUGAGGACCCUGCUCCCUUUCUGGACAGCUGGCAGGUGCCCAGCUCCCUGACCGCAGUGGGCCAGACCCGCUUCCGCCCAGACAGCUGUGCCACAACUGACUGCUCGCCCUGCCUUCGCAUGGUGUCCAACCGCACCUUCAGUGCCUGCCACCGCUUUGUGCCUCCGGAGUCAUUCUGUGAGCUGUGGAUCCGGGACACCAAGUACGUGCAGCAGCCCUGCGUGGCCCUGACUGUGUACGUGGCCAUGUGCCACAAAUUUCAUGUGUGCAUCGAAUGGCGGCGCUCUGACUACUGCCCCUUCCUGUGCUCCAGCGACUCCACAUACCAGGCAUGUGUGACGGCCUGUGAGCCACCCAAGACAUGCCAGGAUGGGAUACUAGGGCCUCUGGACCCAGAGCGCUGCCAGGUGCUGGGCGAGGGCUGCGUCUGCUCUGAGGGCACCAUCUUGCACCGGCGCCACUCUGCCCUCUGCAUCCCAGAGGCCAAGUGUGCCUGCACUGACAGCAUGGGGGUGCCGAGGGCCCUGGGGGAGACCUGGAACAGCUCCCUCAGCGGCUGCUGCCAGCACCAGUGCCAAGCCCCAGACACCAUCAUCCCGGUGGAUCUGGGCUGCCCUGAUCCCCGCCCUGAGAGCUGCCCGCGAUUUGGGGAGGUGGCCUUGCUCCUGCCUACCAAGGACCCCUGCUGCCUGAGGACUGUCUGUGUGUGUAACCAGACCCUGUGUGAGGGCCUCGCCCCUACCUGCCACCCAGGCCACCGCCUCCUCACCCACUUCCAGGAGGACUCCUGCUGCCCCAGCUACAGCUGUGAGUGUGACCCAGAUCUCUGUGAGGCAGAGCUUGUCCCCAGCUGCCGACAGGACCAGACCCUGAUCGUUGGCCGCCUGGGGGACUCCUGCUGCACCUCCUACUUCUGCGCCUGUGGCGACUGUCCAGACCCCAUCCCCGAAUGUCAAGAAGGGGAGGCGCUCACCGUGCACAGGAACACCACAGAGCUCUGCUGCCCUCUGUACCAGUGUGUGUGUGAGAGCUUCCGCUGUCCCCAAGUGCAGUGUGGCCCGGGCACUGCCCUGGUGGAGGUGUGGAGCCCUGACCGCUGCUGCCCCUACAAAUCCUGUGAGUGUGACUGUGACACAAUCCCGGUGCCCCGGUGCCAUCUGGUAUGGAGACCCUUUUCCCCCAACACCCCCUGGUCUGCUCCCCUUUCCUUUCCUCUGUAUCCCCUCCGCUGGCCCCCACCCCAGGGUGCUGACUGCCUCUGCCCCACCCAGUGGGAGAAAUCCCAGCUGGACGAGGAGUUCAUGCACAGCGUGGACAAUGUGUGUGGCUGCGCCAAGUACGAGUGUGUGAAGGCCCCAGUGUGUCUGAGCCAUGAGCUGGGCGUGAUGCAACCUGGCCAGACGGUGGUGGAGCUUUCAGCAGAUGGCGUGUGCCACACCUCCCGCUGCACCGCCGUGCUCGACCCUCUCACCAGCUUCUACCAGAUCAACACCACUUCCGUGCUGUGUGACAUCCACUGCGAGGCGAACCAGGAGUACCAGCACCCGCGGGACCUCGCUGCCUGCUGUGGCUCCUGCAGGAAUGUGUCCUGUCUCUUCACCUUCCCCAAUGGCACCACCUCCCUGUUCUUGCCUGGGGCAUCCUGGAUUGCAGACUGCACUCGCCACCACUGCAGCAGCACUCCCCUGGGUGCCGUGCUCGUCCGCUCUCCCAUCAGUUGCCCACCGCUCAAUGAGACCGAGUGUGCCAAGGUUGGGGGCUCCGUGGUACCUUCCUUGGAAGGAUGCUGCAGGACCUGUAAGGAGGAUGGGCGCUCCUGCAAGAAGGUGACCAUCCGCAUGACCAUCCGCAAGAACGAAUGCAGGAGCCACACCCCUGUGAACCUAGUGUCCUGUGAUGGGAGGUGCCCAUCCGCCAGCAUCUACAACUACAACAUCAACACCUAUGCCCGCUUCUGCAAGUGCUGCCGCGAGGUGGGCCUGCAGCGGCGCUCUGUGCAGCUCUUCUGUGCCACCAAUGCCACCUGGGUGCCCUACACCGUGCAGGAGCCCACCGACUGUGCCUGCCAGUGGUCCUGAGGCCUGGGGGCCUGGGCUAGCUGGACCACCUCUGCCGGCCCCACUUCGUGUUUCCAGCUGGCCCAAUGUGAAUGGGGGUAUUAAAGGUGGUAGAAAUCUGGCACGUGCUGAGCAUGGAAUGGUGGGAAGAGGUCACAGGAGUAACCAGAAAGGGUCACCCCUUCCCAUCCUGGCUCCCUUUCUGGGCUCCCCAUUUUCCACAUGUGGGAAAGUGCCAUAGCUGAGGGCUCAGGGAGCUCACCUUUGUCCCUGGCUUGAGAUGGAAAAUGGGCUUUAGGUCCAGGAGCAGCACCCUCUGAACCUCCGUGACCCUGGCCACAGCUCUUGGUGGGGGGUGGUGAGAGCUGUGGGAAGGUGGGAUGGUGCAUGGUGCUCACAUGGGAACCACAGCUGGACCCAAGACCAAGCACAGGGGCAGGAUGCAGUGGCCCAUUCUCUUGGCCUUUUUGACUACAGAAGAAACCAGACACAGUAAAAGGAAAGAGGGUUAUACCUGCAACACUCAGGCUUACAGAUAGCUGCCCAGAAGGAGUUCCCAAAAGCAAAGAUGGUGGAUUCCAGGGCCCAGGUUGUCUCACCAAGAUCUGUGAAGUCAGAGUGAGCUCAGUGACCUUCAUGUCCCCUGUAGUCCAAAGAAAGGUGCCUGGUGUCCUGGUAUUGAGAUGGUAAUUCAGGAAAGGAUUUGGAAGACCCAAGCCUGUACCCUUACCCCAAGGCAACCUUCCCAGCAGGCAGGCCAGCCUUGUGAGGUGGUGGUGGGGGAGUGAAACCCUCAGCGAGGGUCCAGCACUGCUUAUUUAGGAUGCUGGUUGACGGCCCAUGCCUCUGAGACCCUAGGUUGCUGAGGGGGUACCUUUAGCCUGCAAAUGCAGCUCCAGGCUUUGCAGUGCACCUUUUCUCCAAGGCCAUGACAGAGUCGGGCUCAGAGGAGCCUGAUUAUGGGUUUUGUGGCUCAGCCCAUGCCAGCCUCUGUGCUCCAUGGGACUGUUUAGCAAGAGAGUGUCUGUUGGUGUCAGUGGAAAACACAGCCCCAGCCUCCCUGAGCACUUGUGAGAGCCUUGUCACUGAACCAGAGUGUCCCCUAAAGCAGGGCCAGAGCCCCUUUCCACACCCCACUCUGCAAGUCUCCCACCCCUGUGCCACUUUGUGCCAUGUGGAUCCCAAGAGCAUGAACGUGACGUUGUACAGGCCCCAGCACUGCCCUGUGUGUCUGAAGAUGUGGCUGGACGCCCCUUGAGGUGAGGAGGCUGUGCCAGGAUGGCCCCCUGCUGUUUCCAAGCCUCUU